CGUUAACCCUAAUUUCAAAGCAUCUUUCCUUAUAUAAAUCUCUCUCUCUCCCUCACCAUUACACAACACACACAAGCAUUUUCAAGGAUAUCAAAUCACAAUCCCAAGAAGAGCAAUAACAAGAGAAGAAGAAGUAGUUCAAGAAUUAAGGAAGAGAGCUUCUCCGUUAAAGUAUAGUGAGAGAAUAUGGAAGUCACCAAUGGGCUUAACCUUAAGGACACAGAGCUUCGUUUGGGAUUACCCGGAGCACAAGAAGAACAACAACUAGAACUUUCUUGCGUCAGAAGCAACAACAAGCGCAAGAACAACGACUCAACAGAAGAAUCUGCUCCUCCUCCUGCAAAAACACAAAUCGUUGGAUGGCCUCCAGUGAGAUCUAACCGUAAGAACAACAACAACAAAAACGUGAGUUAUGUGAAAGUGAGUAUGGACGGAGCUCCAUAUCUCCGUAAGAUAGAUCUCAAGAUGUACAAAAACUAUCCAGAGCUUCUCAAAGCACUAGAGAACAUGUUCAAGUUCACAGUAGGUGAAUAUUCCGAGAGAGAAGGCUACAAAGGAUCUGGAUUUGUACCUACUUAUGAAGACAAAGAUGGAGAUUGGAUGUUGGUCGGUGAUGUUCCAUGGGACAUGUUCUCUUCAUCUUGUCAAAAACUCAGAAUCAUGAAAGGAUCCGAAGCUCCUACUGCCUUAUGAUCCAUUGUCUCAAAACACCUUUUGGUCGAGGCAAAAACAAAUUCUACUUUGUUUAGAUAAAAAAAAGUUUGGUGUAAAGAAAGAAAAAGCAAUAGGGUUACAAAUACGUUAUAUAGAUGUAAACUAGCUUUGGUUAAUUCUGUAAAAGAUGAGUUUUGAUUAUACGAAGUUUAUAUGUAUGCUCAAGAUAUUUGAUACUAACAUAACCAAUAAAGUUUAGUAUUUGAUACUAACAUAAGUUUGGGACAUAGUG